UCAGUACCUAACAAGAUUUUGUCCAUAAUCAUCAUCAAUUUCUUUCUUUAUCGAAAACUAUUUACAGUUUCAGUUCUAGCUUCAAAUUUCUGUCCGCUCCUCUUUGUCGCUUCGUGUUCGUCCUUCUCCCUCGCUCUCGCUAUCUCAUUCUGUAAUUUAAUCUGAAUAUUCUGUAUAUAUGAUCAUGAAGGCUCGAUCGUUUGACUGCGAGAGCCCAUUUCGCUCGUAUUGUUCAAAAUUUGAUCCGUUUUGUCACUGUGUUGCUCUUGAUCGAGGCGGCUGUAGCAGAGAUGAAGAGGUGCAGGAACGGCGAGCUCUGGGAUUUUGAGCACGAGAUUCUUGGCGGAGAUGAUGUUAUACUUGGAAUUGACGGCGGCACCACCUCCACUGUUUGUGUCUCUAUCGCUCUCUCUGGUCCUCGAGCUGUUUCUCCUUCAAUGUCUUGUCCUAUACUCGCUCGUGUCGUUGGUGGCUGCUCAAACCAUAACAGUGUUGGCGAAACCGCAGCGAGGGAAACAUUGGAGCAAGUUAUGGCAGAGGCACUUUCAAAGUCUGGUUCAAUUCGAUCCUCAGUUCGAGCUGUCUGCCUUGCUGUUUCUGGAGUCAACCAUCCCACGGAUCAACAAAGAAUUUUGAAUUGGCUUAGGGAUAUUUUCCCCUGCCAUGUAUACCUAUAUGUUCAAAAUGAUGCUGUGGCGGCUCUUGCAAGUGGCACUAUGGGAAAGCUUCAUGGAUGCGUUUUAAUUGCUGGAACUGGAACCAUUGCUUAUGGAUUCACAGAGGAUGGUCGAGAAGCUCGAGCUGCUGGUGCAGGACCAACCUUAGGUGAUUGGGGAAGUGGAUAUGGGAUAGCUGCACAGGCAUUAACUGCAAUAAUAAGGGCUCAUGAUGGACGUGGUCCUCUUACAAAGCUCACGUAUAGCAUUUUAAAGACACUUGGACUUUCUUCACCAGAUGAACUCAUAGGGUGGACAUAUGCGGAUCCAUCCUGGUCUCGAAUUGCUGCUCUUGUUCCAGUUGUUGUAGCAUGUGCUGAGACAGGUGAUGAGGUUGCUAACAACAUCCUCCUUGAAUCAGUUGAAGAGUUGGCUUUGAGUGUGAAAGCUGUUAUCCAAAGACUUGGCCUGGCUGGUGAAGAUGGACAAGAGGCUUUUCCGCUUGUUAUGGUUGGUGGUGUACUUGAAGCAAAAAAGAGGUGGGAUAUAGCAAAAAAAGUCAUAAAUUCCAUAUCCAAAGAAUAUCCUGGGGUACUUCCUGUUUGGCCUAAGGUGGAACCCGCCCUCGGUGCAGCUUUGCUAGCCUGGAACUUUUUGAGCAAAGAUUAUCAGCAGGAAGGACUAUAUAGGUGCCCACUAAGCUGAAAGCUGAUGAAAUGUACAGUUUCGAUGUCAGACCAAACUUAGUUAGCAAUGUUGGAAAGCUAAAAGGCAGACUUGAAGCAGUCUAGUCUUACGUUAACGUCUUAACGACCCUCGUCGAUUUUCAUCAUUAGUGUAGCUCUUCAUGUGUUAAGGUAAUAUAUUUUUUUUGUUUGUAGCAAUAUGGAGCAUGCAUUGUGCUUUUAUUACCAUGUAAUUCUAUUUAAGUUAUGGUCAAGCUCUGUGGAGUAGAGUGAUUCUGUCUCAUGGUUGUGUUGUAGUCUGGAUAUGGAGGGAAAGUCCAAUUGAAUCUGAAUGCAAUCAUCUUGGAUUCUCAAAGCAUUGUGCUAGUCCAAAGUUAA